CUGCUUAUUUAUAUUCUCCAUUAUUCCCUUCUAUUAUUCACAGUGAGUUGCUUCACUUUCUGGCUUCAAUGGCUUCUCAGUCUACUGUUUUAGUAUUUCUGCUCUUUGCUUUGGCUCUUUCAGGGAUUGAGUUAUCCACAUCUCAAAUCCUUAAAGCCAACGUCUCAUGUCUUCAAUGCAUUAGCCAUUAUGACUUAUCAGGCAUUAAGAUUGCAGUGAAGUGUGAAAAUGUGAAAAGGAUAGCAACAACUACAACAAGAAGUAAAGGAUCCUUUGAAGUUAAGCUUCCUUCAGAAACAUCAAGAAACCAUCAAACUCCAUUAAACUGCUUAGCCAAACUGAUUGGUGGUAAAAACCAGAUCUGUGCCUCAAGAAAAAACAUGGUCUCAAAAAUUGUCAAAACCCAGAAAAAUUCGCACUCAUACACAAUUUCCACUCCACUUGCCUUUUCCACUACAUGUCCUAAGGCAGCAGGUUUUGGUUCAUCAAAGACAGUUGAUUUGCCUCUUCCACGGGAAUGGGGUUUGGCUCCUUCUAGCUAUUAUGUUCCUUUCAUUCCCAUAAUUGGUAUUCCAUGAUUAUAUAUAUGUUUAGUUAAUUAAUGUUUAUAUGAAUAUGUAAUGUUAUGUAAACUUAUAUAAGGGUGUUUUUUUUUUUUCUUUUUUGAGUAAUGGAAAAUGAGGGAUACAAAUCUAGAUAUAUUGUCAGGUCGUAUAUGCACUUACUGCUAAGCUAUGUCUUGGUGUGCAUAUAAGGGUGUAGUUAUGUUUUGGUUUGGUGUGUGAAAAGUGUAGUUAUAUAUAAGUUUUUUAUUAUGUUUAUUUGGGUGAAUUGUAUGGAGGGAUUAAAGUAGCACUUGAAGUUACUGGUGCAUAAUUAAUAUUUGUAGCAUAUUAAUUAAGUUA